AUGCACCGAAUGUCCAAACCGGUCGCGCAUUGGAGACUCAAGUUGAGUGCGGCACAAUGCGACUGGUACGGCACCAAGGAUUACCAGGCACCGGAAGCGUACCACAAUCAUGCGGAGGACACGGCGAAGGACACUUUCAGCAGUCGGUUUGCAUCCAUAGGCUCGACUAGCACUGACGAGGGCAACGGCGGUGCUGCAGAACCGGGAACGAUUGAGCAGAGCCGCUGCGAUGCUGGUCACGUUGAAGUUGCUCUUUUCGGACUUCAAUGCACGGACAGGAUGCUGGAAACUCCAGUGGACUCACCAACGAGUCGUUAG